AAUAUUAUUAUCUUAAAACUUUUAUGUUUUAAAAUUUUAAAAAUCAAUCGUGGUCCAUGCCCCGUGGACUGCCCUCUGUCCAGUUUUGAGUCAAGACUCUUGACAUCAAAAUUAUAAAGAUAAAGUGAGAUGUUUAACUUUUAAUUUUAAUUUUUAUAUAAACAAAUUUGAAUUCUAUAUCUCUAAAUUAAUAUUAGAAGAAUUUUGCAAGUAAUUUUUUUCUGACUUACCAACUGAAUGUUAUAAUUAUACAAAUUGUAUAAUGAAUGUUGAAGAAAAACGUGAAGCAAGACGCAGAAGAAUAUUAGAGAAUUCAGAAGUUAGACUAAAAAAAAUUACUUCCAUAAGUUCUAAUCAAACCCAAAGUAUAUUAAAUGAACAAUCAGAAUUUAUAAAAGACACAUCAGAGAACUGUACACAGAAAUCUGAAUUGCUCUAUUCUCCUGUUCCAAAAUGUCUUAUAGAAAAUGUGAUACCAACAGUUCUUGAGGACCAAAAAGUUUUUAACUAUGAACAAAAUCAUUUCAAUCCACAAUUACAUUCCAACGAUAUUAAAUAUGAAAUUAAAUUACAAUCUAUUACAACCUUACACGUUGUAUUAUCUCAAUUUGUUUUAGUAUUAUUUUACUAUGACUUAGGAUUUUUAUUUGGUAAUUCAAUAGUAGUGCCAUUUCUACUCAGUGCAAUACCUGAAUUAUAUACGUCAAAAGAACCACAUGAUAAUAUACACAUAAUUGUGUUAUUAAUGAUGGGGUUUUCUCAGAAUUUGGCAAGAAAAAUAUCUAGAUAUUUCAAAUUGGCAAGCUUAACGGGAAAAAGAUUUUGUGUAUAUAUUUUUUGUUUUACAUGUUCAUAUGCAAUAUUAACUAAUCUAUAUUUUGAUGUUAAACAUAAUAGUUCCAUACAAUAACAAAUGUAUUAAUUGGUGAAAUGUAUAUUUUUAAUUUUUUUUUCAUAAUGGUAUUUUUAAUUAUUAUAAUGUACCACAAUAUAUUAGUUUUUAAAUUUUGGGCCAUUGGAAUAUAUAAUUUAAUGUUUUUAGUUUAAAGGUUUAUUAUAAAAAAAUUCAAGCAAAUUGUUUUAAUAUAAUAUUAUAAUUGUUCAAUAUAAAUAUUGAUAAUUAAGUAAAUAAAUAAAAUAAAUUCCACU